CGUAAUGCGGAAUGUGAACCUUCAAAUCGCGCGAAUGGAAACAAUCGUGAGAUAAAAACAUAUACGUGAAUCUGAAAAAUAUUUUUUUUCGACUGUAAAUAACUACGCGCCAGCAUUUAAAACGCCCAAGAAUGUGUGCGGAAAAAGCUCGCGAUUUCUCGCAAAUCAAGCGCUUCCAAACCAACGAGGAAGGUCGUAAAACAGCAACGACGACGGAGCAGAUUAAAACAGAAUCAUCAGUCGAGCGGUUCUACAGCAGAUAUGAACAGCUAGCCGCAUUGAAUCCGUCACUGCCGAAAUUGAUGCGAACGGAACACGCUCGCUACCUGGAGGUGUCACUGGAACGGUUGUCUGCCGGGUACGAAUGCUUGGAUAGCAGCCGUCCCUGGCUGGUCUACUGGAUCUUGAAUGCGGCCAGCGUACUGGGGGUAAAGUUCACCGACAGUUUACUCAACCGUGUGGUGGAUUUUUUGAUAAAAUGCCGCAGUCAGAACGGGGGAUUUGCUGGUGGUCCCGGACAGGACCCACAUCUAGCGCCGACGUACGCUGCAGUUAAUGCUCUUUGUAUUAUCGGUACCGAUAAAGCGCUAAAUGCAAUCAAUCGGAGAACGCUGCAAAAAUUUCUCUGGGCCGUACGUGAACCAAACGGUGCCUUUCGAAUGCACGUCGGGGGAGAACUGGAUGUACGUGGGGCAUACUGUGCCAUCUCGUCGGCAAAAUUAGCUGCGUUCUCGGCAGAAGACGAGUCAAAGUUAUUCGAGGGCACGGCAAAUUGGAUCGCGGAAUGCCAGACAUACGAAGGAGGAUUCGGAGGAACUCCUGAUUUGGAAGCCCAUGGAGGGUAUUCAUUUUGCGCCGCUGCUGCUCUUGCCAUUCUGGGUGGUGAGGAAAAAUGUAACCUGAAUGCUCUACUUCGGUGGGCUGUAAACCGGCAGAUGGCAUACGAAGGGGGGUUUCAAGGGCGCACUAACAAACUAGUCGAUGGCUGCUAUUCAUUCUGGCAGGGGGCUUUGAUACCGGUUAUUCAAAGUCUAAUAGCUCGAAAGGAGGGACGAUCGGAAAUUAUGAAUACGGUUCUGUUCCACAGGAUGGCCCUGCAGGAGUACGUGUUCAUCUGCUGUCAAAAGCCGUCCGGUGGAUUGAUUGAUAAACCGGGGAAACCUGCGGAUCUGUACCACACAUGCUAUACUCUAAGUGGACUUGCCGUGGCGCAACACUGCGAAACAAGUAAACCGCCCCUGAUUCUCGGACAUCCAGACAACGAGCUACUGCCGACACAUCCGGUCCAUAACAUUCCGCCCAAAGCGGUCAUCAACGCGUACAAAUUCUUUCUGAAGAAUGAACUUUUCGAGGCGGAACAAGCGAACGGUCACUGCAACGGUUCUGAAGAUAUCGAGAUGAAAGAUGACUCAGUGGACGGGACUCGCGAAUCCAGUAGUAGAACACGUUCUGAAACUCCGGCUGGCGAUACGGAUUCGAUGUCUGGUAUCAGUGCUGGUGCCGAUCUGGGUGAGGAGGAGGAGAACGAGCAAUCAAUGGGAAUGACUUCCGAAUCUUCUAGCGCGUGCAGUAGCGCGAGAGCAUCGGAGGAAAGGUCCCAAUCGUAAUUGCUAAAUUUUCAUAAUGCUUUUUAUCUCUAUCCGUUAUGUAAAGUCAAGUUGGGCACUGUGUGUGAAAAGAAUAUUUUUCUUUAAAAUA